UCUAAUAAGGCAUCUUGGGUUUAAACUCCAGCUGAAUCGAUAUGACUGAUGCUAUUUUCGCAUUGGUGCAUACAAUCCAGUUUACAAUUUGCCGAUUCGCCUUUUUUGUGAGUGUCGUCACAACCUAACCUGUGCAUCAUGCUUGUUUGCAUUUUUCAGAGUUCUGUAUUGUUCUUAUCAAAACAGAAAUGAAUGUUUCCAAUCGGAGCCGGCGUCUUGUUAUGGAUGCCUUGCCUAAGCCGCCUCCUGAUGAGACUGAGACUGACAAAACAACACUUGUACAGAAUUGGCUGUCAGAGAGUCAUCCCACCAGCCGCUCCCCUCCAAGUUCUCCCCGAAUCAACAUAGGCAGCGGAGACAAACCCAGUGGUGCUUCAGGUUUCCCUUGAGUCAUUUUAUUUAAAAAGUUGUGCUCAGGUUCACUUUUACAAUCAUAAUGUUAAUUAAUAGUUCAUUAUGAACUUAAUUAAAAAGAGCUUGUUUUGAAAGAGCAGAAUGUUUAUGGCUCGAUCAAGUGAAAUUGCUUAUCAAAAUUAUAGCAUUCAAACUAUUCUUUUCGAUUUUGGUGGAAAGUUAUUUUAAAGUUUCAUUUUGUAUGCAUUAAAUGCAAUUGAAGCACUUUCAGUCUUAGGAUUUGUUUUAACUUCUGCCCUGAGUAUGCACUUCCAAAGUUUAUCAAUGUAGUGACAGUAUCUCUGUGAGUAAGUGGGUAACCACUUUUCACACUUAAAUUUAGUGUUAGUUUGGUUGGGAAGGAUUUCACAUUCCAAUGUCCUAGUUAACCCGAAUCCCCUCCAUUCCUUAAAUGUUAUGUACUCGGACAAAAUGUUGCCCAAAGCAUAGAACCCACUGUAGCAGAGCCAAGAGGGGCUCAGAAAUCAAAUGGGAAGGAAAUAAUUGGACAGCAAGGUGCAGUGAACCAAACAGUGUUGGUUGCUUCAAAGCCAACAGGAGAGAAAGCAUCGCAACCUGGCAAACCUGCUGCAGAUGGACAAAAUGUUGCCCAAAGCAUAGAACCCACUGUAGCAGAGCAAAGAGGGGCUCAGAAAUCAAAUGCGAAGGAAAGAAUUGGACAGCAAGGUGCAGCGAAGCCAUUAGUGUUGAAGGCUUCAAAACCAACAGGAGAGAAAGCAUCGCAACGUGGCAAACCUGCUGCAGUUGCUCAAAAUGUUGCCCAUGGCACAAAACCCUCUUCAGCAGGGCAAAGAGGCGUUCAGAAACCAAUUGCGAAGCAAAGUAAUGGACAGCCAGGUGCAGCGAAGCCAAGAGUAUUGGUUUCUUCAAAACCAACAACAGGACCGAGAACAUUGCCUCAUAGCAAACCUGCUGCAGUGGCACAAAAUAUUGCCCAUGGCACAAAACCCUCAGGGCAAAGAGGCGUUCAGGUACAAAGUGCGAAGCAAGGUAAAGGACAGCCAGGUGCAGCGAAGCCAGCAGCAUUAGUAGUUUCAAAACCAGGACAGAGAACAUUGCAAAAUGGCAAAACUGCAGCAGUGGCACAAAAUGUUGCCCAUACUACAAAACCCUCUGCAGCAGGGCCAUCUCCAAAGCAAGCUACAAGACAGCCAGUUGCAGCAAGGCGAACUGCAUUCGUUGCUCCAAACCCUAUGGCAGGGCAGAGAAUGUUGCAAGAUGAUGGUUUUGCUUCUGUAGUUAAGAGACUUUCGUUUGGUUCAUCUCCAAAUCGUGAAGACCCUUCUGAAGAAGACUCUGAAAUCGAACCAACACCUACUCCCAAUGCUACAAAGGAAGGCAGAAAGCGGCCAGCUGCUCCAUCACUUCUGUCUGAUGAAUCGUCAAGUAAGAAAGGGAGAGUUGACCAAAGGAAGAGAAAACUAACUUCACCGCUACCUGUUGUUACCAUUAAACGAGGGAGAUCAUCAUCUGUUUUAGUCAAACCUACAAAUGAAGAAGGCCUGGGGACAAACUGGAGGAAGCAUGUCAAAGCAUCUACCCAAACUGACACCACCAGAGAAACACGAGAAAAUAUACAGAUUGAAGUUAUUACCAAUGAGGCAGAAUUUCAUAGUCCAGCAAAAUGGAAUGUGCGUGUCUCCUCAGACAUUCCCAACUCACCAAUUAUUGUCAUAUCCAGUCCGGCUACUUCAGGAAAUUGGCAAGUUAUUGAUGACAAGAGUGAGGAUGGAGAGGCUGAAGGCUCUGAUGGAGAUGACAUCUUAUUCAGUCACAAUGGCCUCGAUAAUGGAAAUGAAAUUUCCUUUGUGAAUGAUGCUGAUCCUGAUGAUAGUUUGUUGGAUCAACUCAAUAAUAGCAACUUAAGUGGUGCAAGCACACAGCGUCGUGAUCCCAAAGUCAGGAUGGUGUAUUCAAAUGACAGCAUUCAAACGGAUUUCUUCAUUGAUGAUGAAGAAAGUGAUGAGGAUGAUCCAACGCCAGAUGAACAGGAAAAUCCAACGCCAGAUGAACAGGAAGUUCCAACACCAGAUGAACAGGAAGAAGUUCCAUUGGAAGAAAACCGAGCCAAGAAGCGAACCAGAAAUGACAUCCCAAGGGACAACACUAGGAAGCGAUUAACCCAUGAAUCACGAUGGAAGCGGACAAUGAGAAAAGAAGGUUUCAACAAUGGCUCUGCUUACAUAACUUCAAGAGGCAUAGAGAAGCCAGCUAGAGAAAUUAAACCACCAUGUUCCGAAAAGUGCAACAGGUGUGGGAGAAGAUUAACAGAACGAGAGAGAAAAGAUAUUUUUGACAAUUUUUGGGCUUUGGAAAGCAUAGAUAAAAAGCGGGAUUAUAUUGGUCGACUAAUUGAUGAGAAGGUUCCGGCUACAUGCUCAACAUCUCCUGAAUGUGCUCGAAAAACCAUUAGAAGCUACCACUUUGUAGUUGAUGAUGAGGAAAUUCGUGUCUGCAAGACAAUGUUUAUUAACACUCUUGGUGUGCAAGACACUUGGGUUGAAACAGCACUGAAAAAAAUUGGACCAAAUGGACUGAUAUCUGAUCAGAGGGGUAAGCACCAGAACCGCCCAUCCAAGGUCACAGAAGAAACUAUUGAAUCUGUCUGCCAACAUAUUAAUUUAUUCCCAAGAGUUGCAUCUCAUUAUACAAGGGAAAGAAGCAAAAGGGAGUACUUGGAAACUCAUGUCCACAGCAUUCAAAGAAUGUAUAAAUUAUAUAAGGAAUGGGCUGCUGAAAACAAUGUGAAGGUGCCUGCCUCAUUACCCACUUACCGAUUAAUUUUCAAUACCAGAUUUAACUUAGGUUUCUUUCUACCUAAGAAAGAUCAAUGUGAAUUGUGUGCCAAAUGGAAAAAGUCAACUCCAGAAGAAAGAAAAAAUAUAGUAAGAGAAUAUGCAGUACAUCUGGAAAACAAAAAAGAUGUGAGAAGAAUGCAUUACAGGGACCUUGCACGUGUUUCUGACAAAAUAUGCUUUGCAUGCUUUGAUUUGCAAAAGGUGCUAAUAUGCCCACGCUCUGAAGUUUCUGCUUUUUUUUAUAGAAACAAACUCUCCAUGUACAACUUUACAAUCUAUGAUACUCGUCUUCAUGAAGGCCAUUGCAACUUAUGGACUGAAGUCGAUGCUCGUAAAGGCUCCAAUGAGGUUGGAACAUGUGUUUUGAAGUUCAUCGAAACAAAAGUAUCAGAAGGCAUCAAAGAGUUCAUCUUUGAAUCUGAUGGGCCCACAAGUCAAAAUAGAAACAGGAUGGUUUUUAAUAUGUAUUUGACUGCGGCAGCCAAGUUUGAAAUCAAGAUCACGCAUAGGUUUCUGGAAUCUGGCCAUUCUUAUUCCGAGGCAGAUUCCAUGCAUGCACUCAUUGAAAAGGAAGCAAAGAUUGUACAGGAAAUUUUUUCUCCCGAAGAAUGGGCUACUCUAAUGAGGAAAGCCAAGCAAGAAGACCCUCCUUACAUUGUUAAGUAUUUGAAGAAUGAUGAGGUGUUGGAACUCCAUGAAUUACCUGAACAGAAAGAAAAUUGGGAAAGGGACUCACAAAACAAAAAAAUUUUGUGGUCCAGAGUUAGGGAGCUUGUAUUCGAUGGUAAUACCCCAAACAUAAUUCUCUUCCGAUACAAUUUCAAAGAUGAAAUGUCAAAGGUUCACAUCAAACUCAAUGAAGGUGGUGAAACUGACAGGAAAAAUCAUGAGUUUGCUCCUGCCUACAAUGGAUUGUUCCCCGUCUCUGCCAUAACCAAGAAACAUCUGGGUGAAUUAAUGAAGAGCCUCGCAAUCCCUUCAAAGUAUCAUCCUCUCUAUCAACAUUAUAUUUCGAUUGGAACUGAGCAAUAAAUGGGCUUACUUCAUUCAUCAGUAUUUCAGUAUAUGCAUUUCUUCUAAACAUGCUGUUGGAGUGUGUUUAUUAUACACAAGUUUCUGUAAUAUUUAUUUUUGUUUUGACAGUAGGCAAUGUCCUGUUUAUAUUUUUUAUUCAAUUCGUACUAUUUCUGUUUGCAUAACUACUGUGGUUCUUGC